AUGUUCUCUCUCUCUCUCUCUGUGUGCGUUUGUUCUUGUAGGAUGUUCGUUCGAGUAAUGUAUAGCAAUAUGAAGCAUGCAGUGAAGCACACAUAUAUGCAUAUUGUGUCACGACUCGCGACAGGUUCUCACCUAGCAACAGCAAACCGAACCUGGAACGUGCCGCGAAAGAAAGCCUCGUAUUUUGAGGGAUCAUGCUUGUGCAACCAACUGGAGAAGAAAAAGUUUUGUCGGGCUUGUGACACCACUUUAAAUGUUUCAAUGGAACAUGGGAGAAGCAAAGCUCAAGUUGGGAAGCGAGACGGCAAAUUAACUGAUCCUGGUCAUCUAGAGUCAGGCCACAUGUGUAAUACUUGCUUGCGGUUCCAGCCGGAAGGCUACAACAUUAUCAUCGGCGACCCGCACAGCAAAGGCAAUGAUAGAGACCCAGGUUGGCAGAAUGACAUCAUCGACCGGAACUUCCUCAAAGAAGAGUGGGUCAAGGACGACUCACGGUGCUCAUAUGAUUCCUCGAACCAUAUCGUGACCGGUGCAAAGAGCGCACAAGCGUCGAGGAUGAGCGAGUGGACAGUGAAGACCAGUGCUGGGAUAACUAACGUCGUUUCGGCUGCAUUCACUGCCAGCCACUCGGUGCGUGAAAUGAACAGAAGGAGCCUCGAAUCCAUGGAGACAUUCUUCGAAACCAGGGCAGCCUGUCACCUGAAGACGGCAGAACUUCCAGCCCCUUUCAUCAAAUAUGAGUUCACGGCUGACUUCCGGAACGCUGUGAAGGAUAUCCCCACAGAUGCCUCCAAAAGCUCUGCAGAGGCGGUGCAGUGGGUCAUAGAACAUCUUCUCGUCAACUAUGGGACCCACUACACGGCCAAAAUCUCGUCUGGCGGUCUCAUGGGCAUCCGCUCCUGGAUGGACGAUAGCAGCUUCAGGUGGCUGCAAGAGACAUCCAAACAAGAAGGCUUCAGCGUAGACGCUGCUGCCAACGGGUGGUUUGGUCUAUAUUUUGACUACAGCAGCAAAAUGAGCUCGAAGCAUGGCGUGGCACACUUCUUUGAAGAAGCCAGGGAGUCUGGUGGAUAUGCUAGCUUUUGCAUUGGAUGCGAUGCAUUCGUGCGGAAUGAUGCUGAGAAAUGGGCGGAACAGGUGAAAGAGAACCUGGCACCUAUUGGUUCCAAGACCAAUGAGCUGGUGCCAAUCAGCGAUUUAUUGGUGCCAUUACACUUCCCAGAAAUGGAUGCAGAGGAGCUGCGCAAGAAGAAGUCCACAGUGGAGUUGGCGCUUGAAAAACUCUGUGGGUACUAUGCGCAGCAGGGCUGCAGCACUCAGCCUUCAGAUCGUGCUGAGCCCGGAGCCCGAAUGAUCCGCGUUGGAUCGGUGAUCCACACCGUAAAGUGGUCACCUGAUGGGACCACUUUGGCAUCCGGAGAUGAAGAAUAUUUGGUCCGACUUUGGGACGUGGCCUCGGGCCAAAGUCUGCGGAUCUUGAGAGGUCAUACGGGUUGGGUGCACGGAGUGGCCUUCAGUCCAGAUGGUGGCCUCAUUGCUUCUGCAAGUGUAGAUAAAACAGUUAAAAUUUGGAAUACGACCAGCGGCGAGUGCUUGCAGACCCUGGAGGGUCACACUGAUGUUGUAGAAAGUGUAGCGUUCUCUCCCGACGGCCGGCAUAUAGUCUCGGGGAGCUGUGAUCAUACACUGAAAAUCUGGGAAACAGCAACGGGCAAUUUUUUGCGCACCCUACCCGGUCACACAAAAUGGGUGAAUUCUGUGGCAUUCAGCAGUCGCAGCACCAUCGCCUCGGCAAGUGAUGACACAACGGUCAAGAUUUGGGAUCCAGCGACGGGAAACUGCUUGCACACUCUGAAGGGCCACACCGACGUGGUGUUUUCGGUGGCCUUCAGUCCCGAUGGCCGAACAAUAGUCUCGGGGUCCCGUGAUAAGUCGGUGAUAGUCUGGGAAGCAGCCACGGGCAACCUCUUGCAGACGCUCACAGGUCAUGAUCACUGGGUGGCGGCAGUGGCCUUUGGCCCAAGGGGCACCAUCGCUUCAGCAAGUGAUGACGAAACCGUCAAAAUUUGGGAUGCAGCCACUGGCAACUGCCUGCAGACCCUAACGGGUCACACCGACUGGGUGUGGGCAGUGGACUUCAGCCCCGAUGGCCUUUACAUCGUCUCAGGCAGCCAUGACACGCACAUACGUAUUUGGGAUGCACUGGUGCCACCUCAGAGACGUAUGGUGCUCUAUGGUUGA